GACCUGACUCUACACCUCUCUCUGCCUGUACGGGUAUCAUAUCCCUGAUCAACUUCCUGAAGAUGGACGACCUCACAAAUGAUGAGAUCGAAUCCAUCCUUUACAUCGCCAGAGAAAUCUCCGUGUACAAGAUUCCUCCGCUCAAGAAGAAUGAAGGACACCGUGCUCAGGACUGGGGCGAUCUAGCUCAACCUCUUUGGAAGGGGCGUAUGCGAAUUGUUGAGAAGUCAGAAGCAGUCUCUCUUCUGUUCGAGGAUGUAACGACCGGUGAAUUAUUCGCCAAGGCGUCGUAUGAUGCCGCAAAGCCCCCAGUCGAGGCUGUUCUAGACUCCUCCCGAUACUUCGUUGUCCGUGUCGAGGAUAGCGGACGUAAAGCCUACAUCGGCAUGGGCUUUGCCGAACGCUCAGACAGUUUUGAUUUCAACGUGGCGCUGCAGGAUUACACCAAGCGAUACAAAGCUCGCCUUAAUCCCCCUUCGCCGACAUCUGAAGACCAACCAUCCCCACAUAUCCCCGCCGGCCCAAAGAAGGAUUAUUCUCUCAAGGAAGGCCAGACUUUCUCGAUCUCCAUUCCUGGGCGUGGCAACAAACUGGAUACCUCGAAGACUGGUUUACUUGAGACUAACUUACUGGGAUCAGGGACAACGGUGUCUAGCACUAAUUCGGGCGGCGGGGGGUUCCCACUUCUUCCACCACCUCCGAGUGCGCCCAAGAGGCGCUAGUUUCCAGGAUGUACUAGGAAAUAACACCGAUACACAGCUUGGUCACUGCAUCGCUUCUGUAUCCCUUAUAUCCAUUUGAUGGGUACACGUGUCUCAUGUUUCUCUGAUAAACUGCUACUCUGUGUAAAAUUCAUAAGAAAUUUCAGUUCGCUC